AUGAGCACCCAGAGCAACGUCUUCUCGGCGCUGCAGCCCGAGAAACGCAGCAGGAAAAAAGCAUCCGACGCCGCGACGACGGCCGCGCCCAACUCGAUGUUCGCCUCGUUUGUCAAUAAUCCGUCGGCGACGACCGCGUGGGGGGACGACAGUGACGAGGAGGUACACGUACCCCCUACCCCUACCCCACCAGCUGGUAAUCAAGAAGAAGAAGAAGAAGAAAGUGCAAGUGAGAGUGAGAGUGAGAGUGAAAGUGAAGAAGAAGAAGAAGAAGAAGACGAAGAGCGUAUCAAGCCCGUGGCUGCUACUGACGGGAAGAAGGCAGUGGUUGGUCCGAUUCGGACGCUGUCCAAGAAGGAGAAGAAGGAGCUGGAGAUGCAGGAGCUGGACGCUGCAUUGGCCGCUCUGGGUAUUGAGCCGGAUUCAGGAGCUGCUGGUGAUGAUAAGCCCAUGAAGCAAAAGGAGCCGGACGUGGAUUUGCAACAGGUGGAGACUGGGUCUCUGGACAAGAAGAGCAAGAAGAAGAAAAAGGGCAAGAAACCGGCAAAGACGAGUGAGUCGGAGACGUCGGUUGUUGGUGCUGCUGCUGCUGCUGCUGCUACAGGCGUUGUGGAUAUCAAGGCAGUGAUGAAGACCAAGAGCAAGAAGAAGAAAGCUGUUGAGCCCGAAGCCGUGCGGAUUGCUCGGGAGGAAAAGACCAAGGGCAAGAACAAGGGCAAGAAGGAUAAAAGCAGCUUUAAUGAGUUUUCCAUUUAG